AGGGCACGCGGGGCACGCGGGGCCUCGCCUACACCCGAGAGGGCUGCGGGCGCGCGCGGGCGGCGGAGCGGAUCCCGGCGCCGCGGAAGCUGCGGGCGCCCCCCUCCCGGAGGUCGCCGCGCCGUUCCCGGGGUGAAUCUACACCUGGCUGACUUUAGAAUUCUUUUGGCUUUUAAUUUUUUUCUUUUUAAAAUAACUUGGACGGAUAAAAGAUGUGCCAUGGCAGGAUAGCACCAAAGAGCACCUCAGCGUCUGCCGUGGCCUCCGUGGGACAUGGAGCGUUCCUUCCACUGGUGAUCCUUAGCACCCUCCUUGGAGACGGACUUGCCUCAGUGUGUUCCCUGCCCCCGGAGCCAGAGAAUGGUGGCUACGUCUGCCACCCCCGGCCCUGCAGAGACCCCUUGAGCUCGGGCAGUGUCAUCGAGUACCUGUGUGCUGAAGGCUACGUGCUAAAGGGCGAUUACAAAUACCUGACGUGUAAGAAUGGCGAAUGGAAACCAGCCAUGGAGAUUAGCUGCCAUCUUAACGAGGAGAAAGACACCAAGACAUCACUUGGGGUCCCCACACUGUCCAUCGUGGCUUCCACUGCCAGCUCCGUGGCACUCAUUCUCCUCCUUGUGGUGCUGUUUGUGUUGCUGCAGCCAAAGCUGAAGUCUUUCCAUCAUAGCAGGCGUGACCAGGGGGUAUCCGGGGACCAAGUCUCCAUCAUGGUGGAUGGAGUCCAAGUUGCACUACCGUCAUAUGAGGAGGCUGUGUAUGGCAGUUCCGGUCACUGCGUGCCGCCCGCUGACCCCAGAGUGCAGAUUGUGCUGUCAGAGGGGUCUGGGCCUAGUGGGAGGAAUGGGCCAAGGGAGCAGCAGCUACAGGACCAGGGGGCCUGCUCCUCUGCAGGUGGAGAGGAGGAGGCCCCGGGCCAGUCUGGACUGUGUGAAGCCUGGGGCUCCCAGGGCUCAGAGACUGUGAUAGUGCAUCAGGCAACCACCUCUUCCUGGGUGGCCGGCUCAGGGAACAGCCAGCUGGCCCACAAAGAAGCCCCGGAUUCAGAGAACAGUGACAUACAAAGCCUCUUAUCCCUCACAUCGGAGGACUACACAGACGACAUCCCGCUGUUGAAAGAAGCAUGAGGUUUGCCACCGACCUCUCUCCUCUGCAAUGGUCCUCUCUGCCCUUCUUCCCUCUCCCUGUGCCCGGCUAUCUGAGCUGCCACCUGUGGAUCUCUGAGGGCAUGCAGGCCCACCUUGCUGGAAACUCAAGGAAGAUUCUUGCCAUCUGCCUGCUUGACAGCUGGAGGAACUGGCUUUCUGCCUGGUCCAGCCUUCCCAUCUGUGUCGGGAACAUGUUUGAAUGUGCCGGACUGAACCCUUCCUUUCCCUGAGGCCUCUGGGAGCCCUCCAGCCAACUCUGGCGGCCGCCCCACCAGCCCAUGGGCCAGAGAACCUCUGUGUUUACUUGUGCCUUCCCCCUCCUUGUCCAGGUUCCCUGUCACGCAGGCCUGUUGCUCUCCUACAAGCCUUAGUGGCUGCACUGCUGCCCCCUGCCACACAAGGGGUGGGCCUGAGUCUGGCUUGUUUCCUUGGAGGGCUUACCAGGAGCAGAUCCAAGAGGGACUCUUAACUGGAGCAAGAGUGUGGGUCCCUGGGCCUGCCCUUGGUUGACACGGGUGGCACGUUUUCUUGGCUGGGGCGGAGGAGUGGGGAAAUCCUGCCAAACCUGACCCAGCACCCGGCUGUCAGCUCAGAUGCCAGCUCCUGGCCCUGCUGUGUUGAGCUUCCAGGAGAUCCUGGUUGUCUUCCUAAUAUGCAGGUUACACCUCCUUCAGCGUGGCUUCCUGGCUUCCGCUUUUCUUUCCCUGGAGCAUAAUGGGAAGCUGCAUGCUGCCUCCUGGGGUUUAUACGGGCAGCCUGCUACCUUGCUGCCCACAGAGUUCUGAGGGGAGUCAUCCCUGGGACAGGAGCUUGUUGAGAUGCCAGGGACUGCCCGUCUGGUCACUGACAGGGCAAGUUGCCCGUUCUGGGUUCGUGGUGACGGAGGGGAACCUGAGAGGUACAGACGGAGUCCCCAGGCAGCUGCAGGCAGCGCCAGCCCCAGGCCUGAGGGUCCUCCUCACCACAGUCACGUGCCUUAGUAAAUGGUCCAGGAAGCGUCCUGCUGCUUUGCUGCACUGCUGCUUUUCUUACUCUUGUCCUCCCCUGCUGUCCCUUCCCGCUCACAGCUGAUAGAUGGCUCCCUGGUCGUCCUGGGCAUGGGGGAGGGGCUGAGAGGCAGUCCUCACCCCCACAGACACACCGUGCAGGCUGCCUGUGGGUGAAGGGUUGCAGAGCAGCCUGGCACCUGGCCCUGGUGGUGAAGGAGUGGCCUCCCUGCUCCAGAUGCUUCUGCUCCGGCUCUCAGUUCUCUUUUAGCCACGUCGCGAAUGCUGACAAGGCUGGGUGGCAGAGCUCAGGCAGGCUGCUUCCAUCUUUAAAAGACGUGGCAUUUAUUUUUGUUUCUGAAACAUUGGGGCUAGGGAACUUCAGAGGUGUCCACUCCCCCAUGCUGGCCUUCCGCUCCUUCCCCGAGCUCUCGGGUGGUAAAAGUAAUGAGGAGCCCAAUAUAUUUUCAAUAGCUGGCCAAGCAGGGUAGCUCCAGGAGGGGGUGGCCUGGAAGAUUAGGGGAAUGGCCUCCUCUCAGCCUCCUGCCUCCACUCUCACACGCACUUUACUACCCGCUCAUUCCUGGCCUCUUUUUGCCCUGCUGUCUCCCUUUCUCUCAGGGUAAGGGCAGUGCCUGCUGUGCCUGUUAGCCACUCCUCCCCACCCCCCUCCCACCCCAGAGCCUGCGAGUUCUGUGCCUGAAGCCCAGGCCAGCAUGGUUCGGCAUGGAACAGGUUGUCAAAGGUGCCAGAGCCAGAGGUCAGAGUGUUUGAGGGAGAUGAAAUGUCCCAGGGGGCUGUCCUUCGCCUCAAAAGAGGCCAUUUCCAGCAGAGUGCCUGCCAGCAGUCGUGGGCUCUGGGCCCAUCUGGAGGGCGAGUCCCUCAUGACCCAGCUGCCUCCCCGUGCAUAGGCUCCCCUUCCCCGCAGGGGUACCCUUGUCUUCCGCCAAAAAUAAAGCAGGGCACAUGGUGUGGGAUUUGGAGUCUGCUAAGCCUGCUGAUUUAGUCCCAGUCAUCUAAAACCCGAGUUCUAGCUGAGGUUUUUCUUUUAAUGAGAGAUCUUGCCCCUUUUU